UUGUUUUCCUCUCUUCGCUCAAUCGGAUUGUUGCCGGCGCGCCUUGCGGUUGUAUCGCUAAAAUAAUAAAAAAAAUUCCCUUCUAAACCGGACAAACCAAUUUCAUUUGGGAAUUAUUGCGAUUUGAAUUUUGCUUCGAUUUUUGUUUGAAUAUAUUUUCACGCGUUCAACAUGGUCAAUCGGACUUUGUGUAACGUGAUUGCAUAUCUCAGUGCCAUCUUUUCGGGAAUAGCCAUCAUUUUGUUCUCGUUGUUAUUGGUGACAUCCAUAGCUCUGUAUAAUACCGAUAUAGAAGAUGAAGACAGUGCUGAUACCGCAAAGACUAUUUCAGUUGUUCUGAUAGUUGUCGCGGUCUUUGAAAUUCUCGCUUGUGUGGGUAUGUUUAUAUCUGCCGUAUUGCUGAUUAUUGGCAUCAAAAGGGAACGCGUUUCGUUCAUAGCUCCCUGGGUGUAUAUUGUAGCCAUAUCCGUGGUACUUGGUGUGAUCAAACUGGCAAUGGCUGCAAAUGCCACUGUGCAGGACUUGGUGGCGAUUGUGAUUCAAAUUGCCUUCUGGUAUCCCAUCUUCAUGUUGUAUCGCGAACUGCGUAAAGCUCCCGCCACAGUCAAUGUUAACUACAAUGCUUGUCCCUCAAACAUGCAGAACAUGCCUCCCUAUAAUGCCCAAACUCAGCCUAUGUAUGCAGAGAAACACCAGAGUCCCCCCUAUAUUGACCAAGAGCAGCCCAUGAUGUAUCCACAAAAACACUAAAGAAAAAGAA